GUGAGCUUUGAGUUAAAACAACACACGAGUAUUACUCACGACUUUAUAUCGCAAGUGAAACCACACAACUUUCAAGUGAUGGAACUUCAUUUACGAAUGGUAAGGAUGAUCAUUGUGCUUCUAUCAGCAGGACUGAUUUCUGUAACAUGUGAGCCAGAACCAGUUGAUAAUAAUAACGAAUCUUCUCAUUCGGAGCUAGAAAAACAGGUACCAGCUGCUAUACAACUGUCAUAUGACACAGGAGAGGGCAACGAUCGUGCAUUUCGACACGAAGAACGUAUCCCUGACGGUGGAGUGAAGGGUUCCUACGGAUAUCAUGAUGAAAAUGGAAAUCUUGUUGUACGUCACUAUAUUGCAGACAAAAAUGGCUAUCGUAUAGUUAAAGAAGAACGCCAUCCUUUAUCGAGUAGAAAAGAAACUGAAUUCAGCGAUAAGUUUGAAAGAAACGACCAAAUAUACGAAUCAAAUACAGCAAAUUAUAGCAGCAUCUUUUACGGAAGUGACUUACAUGACACACCGGAAUCGACAAAUCAACGAAAUGAUUUACACAACGCAAACCACUCACCAGAUUCUACAAAUUUUCGAUAUGAUUUAAACGACAGAAAGCUCUCUCGUAAUACACCCGAAGUCACAAAUUCUCGCAACGACUUCUAUGAUAAAAAGUUGCCACCAACCAUACCGGUUUCAAUAAACAAAGAAGCUUCAAGUUUUCACGAUAACACCCAGUUAUACGAUGGUUAUUAUCCGAUUCAACAAGAGCCUAGACCUCGUGACGAACUUCAUGAUCAACUGAGUCGACGUUUGAAUAACGACGGGAAAUUUCAAAGUCCCGACUACAAUAGGGGUGGAGAUAUAUUUAACGAUGGUUAUUAUCCGAUUCAACAAGAGCCUAGACCUCGUGACGAACUUCAUGAUCAACUGAGUCGACGUUUGAAUAACGACGGGAAAUUUCAAAGUCCCGACUACAAUAGGGUUCAUGCAUAUAGUCUAUUCAUAAAGUACGCACCAGCAUUUGCAGUCCCUUUGAUAGGCUCCAAUGCAGAACCAGUAGUUCUGGAGAUAAAUCACCCGCCUCAUGAUUCUCGCACUGUCAGUUUUGCACCUCUGGAUGUAUGCAAUAGGCUGACGGUCUUUUUGAAUGAUGAACUCCGUCCGAUAGAGGUAGUUUUGGAGUUUUUGUAUGGCAACUAUGAUGGCCAGAUAUUCUGA